AUGCAUAAUCUUGUUCCAGUCGAUUACGAUUAUAUUCUUAUGAUUGAUACGGAAGGACUCUUGUCUAUUGACAAAGACGAUGAACAGUACGAUAAACGUUUGAUUCUCUUUUGCUUGGCAGUAUCGCAUCUAGUUAUUGUCAAUGUUGCCGGUGAAAUCAAUGAAGCACUUAAAAGAAUGCUUUUAUUGUGCACACAAUCACUGAACUAUAUUGGUGAAACUCGUGUUACCAAACCGGCAGUACAUUUUAUAAGUAAUCAAAACGCUGAUCCCAACAAAGAAAAUUACGAAAAACAAGUGAAAAUUAUUAGAACAGACUUAAUAAACCACGGUCUGGAUAAUUUAAUCGAUCUCGGGCCGAACAAUUUUCAUGUUUUAUCAACAGCAUUCAAUCGAAAACCAUUCUUGGAUCCAAAUGGUGAUUGUGCUGCAUUGUCAACUGACAUCAAAUUCGUCACCAGUGUUCAAAAUCUUUGUAAACUUUUUAUCCAUUCUUCAUCAGAGAUUGUUAAUGGUACAGGCGAUCUUUUCUCUGUACCGACAAAUUGGAUUGAAUUUGCUCAAAGAGUAUUUCAAACUCUUAAAUCAUAUCCAGAUUUGACUUUUUUCAAAGAUAUCUUCGAGCGCCAGCAACAUUUUAUAUGGAAAACAGGCUCAUCGAAGGGAAACAGAAGCCAAGCCAUUUCUCAAGAAAUUAGUAGCAAAUGGGUCUCGAUUUUUCGAGUAUCUUAUUGCUUUGAUAAAUUAAUUGAAGACAUAACAACAAUUUUGAUAUCAAAAAGUAGUGAUGAACCGUCAACAGGAAUUAGUCUUUUACAAGAAGUCUUGGAAGUAGUAGACAAAUUAAUACAAGAUAUAAAUUUAGACUUUAAAGUCUUCAAUUUUGGUAUAUCCAAGAUUUUUCAAGGUGCCUUACAUACAUGUGCCGUAAUAUCGGUCGCUUUAUUUUACUUUAAUCAGCAUAAGACUCGUUUUAAUGAAAUGCUUCGGUCGAUUCAUGAAAAGAAGAUUCAAUUACAAGAUCGUUUUGUUCGCAUGGUGAUACCUCAAGAGAACUGUGAUGAAAAUAUCGCCACUAAUCUUGUGAACGAAAUUACAGAAGCUUUGCGUCAGUCAUUUGAUGCAGAAGCCAACAAAACUAUUCGCAAACAACUAGAAAGAGAAUCCGCAAAAUUAAAUCGAUCUUCUAUUAUCAAACAACUCGAUAAUGAAGUACACGACGCGUCCGAUGAAUGGCUUAUGCGCUAUAUUCUACAUCCGUUAGAUAUGAUUAUUGAACGAUUUCAUCAGUUAUGGACAGAAAUCGAUACGAACAUUCAUCUAAGACUCAACAAGAGUAUGAAUGAACACUUGAAGAUAUUAGUGGAAUUUUUUCAAGUGAUCGAAAGAGUCAAUGAAGUCCUGAAACUGAAAGGUGCUCAUGUUCUCACUUUUUUCGACGAUCUAUUUGAGUUAUCGAGUAACGAUGGUAAUCAUGAUUCAUCCGAGAAGAAAAUGUGUAUGGCUACACUCCUUUAUCAAUAUUUCAUAGGAGAACCUAGUUCAACCUGUAUAACUACGAAGACUGGUGCGACCUAUACGGUGAAUACUAAGUGGCAAGAAGUCGCUGGUCAUUUUCCAAAUCUGAACGAACCAUUGAAAGACGUGUUUCGUUCAAUAAGGAGUACGUUUGAAACGUUUAAUAUCAGCUACCUUAGUCUUUUUCUCAGAACGGUGACUAGUUAUGGACCACGAACUGAAACGGCAUUCCGUAAUCAAAUGAAUGAACUGGUUGAAACGUCUUGCAAAAGCAUUCGAGAACAAUGGCUGAUUCGAUUGCAUGGUUGUAAAGCCCUGUGUCCUUGUUGUAGGCGUUUAUGUGAUGUGGAUCAUCAUUUGGACAAUACUUCUCACGCGGGCCAAGGAGAAAAUCGGCAUCGUUGCCAGUUUGGUCAUCAAAUGCGAGGUAUGGCUGGUAUAAAAUAUGAACUGACCCACGAAGCAUCGAUAGAACGGUGUGAGAGCAUUAAAGACGAUUCUCCAAUUAUAACUCGCCAAGGAAUACGACAAAGAUGGAAAGAAUUCAAAAACAGUCUUACUGAUUGGGAUUUUGGUGAUUCAAAAACUGUAGACAUUCAUGGAGCUCGUUAUGUUUAUAUUUGGAAAAAAAUUGGUCAACAUCUAUGCAUCCACUUUGGCAACGGAAUGAAAUUUGUCGAGCAAAAUAGUCCAUCAAUAAUAAAUCACUUUAUUCUUGUCAUUGAUCAUUCGAGUUCGAUGAAUUCUAAUGGAGUAUGGGAUUCGGUGCGCAGGAUAUUUUCAGCAAGUCAGCCGAUCAGUACAAUAAUUAAUUCGAAUGAACAAACAAAUCUUAGUCCAUGGGAAUAUUUGCUCAAAGCUGUUCAAAAAUUUAUUCAUAUUCGAAUACAAGAAGUACAUUCAACCGAUCGAAUGACUAUAAUUGUUUUCGGUAGCCGAGCGAUACGACUUUAUGAUCGGGUCAAAUUGAAUGAAAUUAAUAUAGAGGAAAUCAAUACACCGAUAUCAACUUGUGGAAGAAAUACGAACUUUUCGCUGGCAUUUCAAAUGGUGAUUGAAACACUGGACAAAAUUGUGACAGAGCCAAUGCAAGAAAAUUUCCGACAAACGAUCAUCUUUAUGACAGAUGGGAAGCCUAAAAAAUAUCCAACGGCUGAGCUAGAGCACUUAUCUACCGUUUAUAGAUCGAUGAUUGUUAAUUUUUGGACGAUGGGUCUCGGCGAGUAUGACAUGGAACUUCUUGAAAAAGUGAACACAACAAUGAAAGGUAAGUUUGUAGAUGUUACAAAACCAGAAGAUCUUGGUGAUGCUUACGCUGACAUCGCCUUUUCUUGA